AUGGCACAGUGCCUUGCAGAGUUGCCACUAAAGCAGCCUUUCAGUGCGGAUGCCAGACAUGCCUUAGCGCAGCACUGGAUGAUGCCUGCUUUCUUCUGCAGUGCUGGCAUUCUUCUCUGCCUCAGUCUAUGUGCCCUUGCAACAUUGUGGCAUGUGAGAAGACUGUCCUUGCAGGUAACAAAGCUGCAAGUCACUGUCGAGAGCCUGGGGAUCCCAGUCUUGCUGCAGGAACCAACGCUGUUUCCGGAAAGCGUGCGACAAGAAGUGGAAAAAGCACACAAAGGGUUAUGGAAACAGCUACGAGACACACAGGCCAUGAUCCUACGCAUCCAAGCAGUCGUUGAGGACAAACUCCACAAGUACGAGAAGAUAGUGAAGCACUUAAUUCAUGCCCUGCAUGACUUGGAGCCCAUGACGGAGAAGCUCCAGGACUCUGUGACCUCUGUCUUUGAUGUGCUUGAGGAAAUUUUCCAGGAAGAGGAGCGAGUCUUUUCAUGUCAUACGGCACAGUUGAUUGCAGCGAUGGACAGAUUGAAGUACAUUGUGCACCAGCUCCUUGAUCGCAGUGAAAAACGGUAUGGCAGCGCACACACCCUUCGACAAGACCUACACAAGGCAGUGAUCUCGGUCCUCAAUCAGAAUCACAGAAUCUUGACGACCGUGGAUGUCCUGCCAUGCGAGAUUGAGCAUCGUCUGGGUCAAAUUUUACUGAAGAGACUACGUGAAAUCCUUCCUGAGACGAUUGACCCUCUUCAUCAACAACUACAGUUGCUUGCAACACGUGAAUCGCGCGAUGUACCCUCGUCUUCGCAUGUACAAGAAAGUGAGCUCGAACCUCACGAACCCAGUGUACCUGACAAUGUGAGCCUAGGACCCAGUGCUCAUUUCGUAACUCUGGAUGAUGGCUCCACGCUUCCAGUACAGCUUGAAGCGUAA